AUGCUGCAACCCAGUCUCCAUGCAGCAUCCAAGUGGAUCAUCCGAAAUACUCUAAUCAGUAACGAAAGUUUGACUCCAGAACUGAAACUUCGUCUUAUCACAAUUGCAAGUCCUCUCUGGAUGAGUACUCCUGAUUUAUGCCCACUUCCGGAUCCCUACUGGGCAUUCUAUUGGCCCGGUGGACAAGGACUAUCUAGGUACAUUUUGGAUAAUAAGAGUUCGUUUCGUGGCUCAACCAUUAUGGAUUUCGGAACCGGGUGUGGUUCUGCUUCGAUGGCUGCGUCGAUUUGCGGAGCUCAAAAGAUUCUAGCAAAUGAUAUUGAUAAAUAUGCUCUUCUUUCGACAAAACUAAAUUUCCGGUUGAACAAUUGGAAAGACUCAAAAAUUCACUACUCGGCCAGGAACUUUUUGGACGACCAAAAAUCAUCCUCCGACUUUUUCGAAGGUUCAGAUGAUCAGAAAAAGUAUAUUCUUCUUGGAGAUAUGUUCUAUGAUUCUGAUUUUGCCGAGAUCCUUUUUAAAUGGUUGAAGAGAAUGCAAGACGAACACGGAACGAUCGUUCUUGUCGGAGAUCCAGAUCGCCAUCCAUUAGUCGAAUCAGACUAUCUGAAAAAAUACAAAACCAAAUUCACGAAAACGCAACUGGCAGAAUACUCUCUUCCAGGAUACGUCAUCAAAGAGCAUUAUGGUUUCAACACUGCUAAAGUUUUUGAAUUGCAAUUUGAGUCCUCUCGUUCUUUGACGCCAUCUGACACUUCGGAAUCCGGUCUUGGUUCUUCGAUCUCUCCAACGUCGGAUCGUUCUCAGUCACCGGAAAACGCGCAACCAGCUUCUGCCGAAAACAAUUUGUUAUCGCCAAGAGAAGUGGUUAAAAUGAUAGAUGUGAUCAAUGGUUCUACAAAAGCGCAAUGCGUUCAGUUAGAUUCCCAAGAAAAUAACGAAGAUGACGAUCGAGAAACAUCGGACCUAGAUAAAGAAGACGUUGAGGCCCGGUCGGGACAUUUGGCUCCGCCACAGUCGCCAGGGGAAACAGACGCUCAUUCUGGAGAUACUACUUAUUCGUUUUGCUCAUUUCAAGGCUACGUUCCGUCAACUGCGAGUCCCGAAGCUUGCAGUCCACAUCCGGAAGAUGAAUCAGACCCGCGCAUCAAACUAGUCAGACAGUUAUGGGCCCGGAUGGAUGAGCCAGUUAAGAGAUAUCUGCAAAAGAUUACACGAGAUUAUUUGGAACUGGAAGGGAAGCCGAUACAGACUAGCAAUAUCCCAACGGAACUGUUUAGUGAAAUUCUUGAGUAUGUCCAGUUAUAUCACGAGUAUCAUCAAUGCAACUUGCCACAACCGACACCGCGAUUGGGUGAUAUGCCUGAAGCUGUUGUAGCGUUCUUUACUAACAUCAUUUAUCUACGAUAUGGCACCGAGAAUCUGUAG